UCGUGCAAUAAUUGCUUUCAUGUUUUUCAUUUAAUUGCAUCAUAAAAUUUUGUUCUUUUGAACGUAACACAUUACAUUCUAUUCUUUUAAAAUUACAUAUAAAAAUAUUAAUGUGUUAAACAGUUAUUACAUGCAGAAACAAUGUGUUCACGUAACGUGUUUCAGAAUUUUGCAGUAUAUAGAGCCAGUCUUAUUGGUAUAACAAGAUCUGCAAGGUCUAAAAAGAAAGUUUCUAAGGAUCAUUCAAUUACACGUUGUUAUAAUGUUUUUGUACAACCACAGAUACCUCGUAUCACAAAUGUACACGGUUUAUCAAUUAGAUUAUAUUCUAAUCCAGCAAGAAGGCCUAGCUUUUUUGCUCAAUUCCUUGAGAAUAUCAAACAGGAAAUGCAAAAGAAUAAAGAAAUGAGAGAGUCCUUAAAAAAAUUUAGAGAAGAAGCAGAAAAACUUGAACAGUCAGAAGCAUUACGUUCUGCAAGGCAAAAAUUUCAGACAGUUGAAUCUGAAGCCACCAAAAGUUCUGAAGUUAUUAAAGAAAAAUUAGGAUCUCUAAAGGGAAAGGUACAAGAAGUUCUUGAAGAAGCAACUAAAACAGAAUUAGGUAAAAAAGCUGGACAGUUAGGUGAAGAAAUAACAAAGUCUGCAAAAGGAGCAGCAGAAACAUUAUCUGAAAAAAGUCAGGCACUGGGUAAAACCAGUGCAUUUCAAACGAUAUCACAAACUGCAGAAGCUGUACGCGAAGAAUUAGAUCAUCAUGGAAUGCAUGGAAGAGUAUAUGUUCCACCUAAAAAAUUGAGGAAAAGAAAGGAUGUAAUGGAAACUGUAGAUGAUAAGCGUGUUCAACCAAAUGAAGAAGCUCUGGGUGUUGAAUUACACAAAGAUUCUAAAUUUUACCAAUCAUGGCAAAAUUUUAAGGAUAAGAAUCCAUAUGUAAAUAAAGUUCUGGAUUGGAAAAUAAAAUAUGAAGAAUCAGACAAUCCCGUAAUUCGUGCUUCCAGGUUAUUAACUGAGAAAGUAACAGACAUAAUGGGUGGAUUGUUCCAAAAAACUGAUCUUUCAGAAACACUUACAGAAAUAUGUAAAUUAGAUCCUAGUUUUGAUAGAGUACAGUUUUUGAAAUAUUGUGAAACAGAUAUUAUUCCUAAUAUUCUUGAAGCUAUGGUAAGAGGAGAUCUUGACGUUUUAAAAGACUGGUGCCAUGAGGCUCCAUAUAAUUUAAUAGCACAGCCAUUAAUGCAAGUAGAAAAAUUGGGAUAUCGUUUAGAUAAUAAAAUUUUAGAUAUCAACAAUGUAGAUUUAAUAAUGGGUAAAGUAAUGGAACAAGGUCCAGUUUUAAUAAUCAGCUUUCAGUGUCAACAAAUUAUGUGUGUGAGAGAUGCUACAAAUAAAAUUGUGGAAGGAGAUCCUGACAAAGUAAUGCGUGUUAAUUAUAUUUGGGUGUUGUGUCGUGAUCCUACCGAACUCAAUCCAAAAGCUGCUUGGCGCUUACUCGAUCUUAGUGCCACUAGUACUGAGCAGUUUGUGUAGUGUACAAUUUAGACAUAAAUUUAGUUAAAGCUGCAAAAAUUAAUGUGAAUACAUGACUAAAGAAUAAGUGAAAACUGACGUGUGUUUACUUAUUGCUUUCAAUUGAAUUAUAUUGGAAGAAGUAAUCAUCAUUAGGAUUUACAACUUGUACAUUAAUCCAUCAGUGAUGGAUGUUAACUUCUGUGACUUGAACAAUGAUAUUUGAUAUACAUAAAGUUGUAUAUCUAUGGUUUAAGCUACAGAAUUUCUAUAAAAUCUGCAGAAUGUUUUGAUUUAAAUGUAGCAAAUAAAAAUAAGGUGCAUUAUCAAUGUUCAUUAAAACAGAAAAAUUUAUCAUUAUUACAAUUUAUGAUUUUUAGAGUUGCAAUCAUGUUUAUACAUGUAUGAUGCGUUUAUAUCUAUGGAAAAAAUGAUGUAAAAAUGAUGGUAAAAUCAAUUCUGUAUAUAUUUAAAUAUUGACAUUAAAAACGUUAAAUAAUAGGGCCUAAGAGAAAUUAUGUCAAAUGCCAAAUAUGUGUUUAGCACAAGUAUUUUAAUUACUAAAAAUAAUGUAAAAAUUUUAUGAUUGAUCAAAUGUUGUAUAUAUUU